AUGGUGUCCAAGUACGAAACAGUAAUUCUAGUCUGUCUAGCCGUAGUCUGCCUCGUUCAGAUGGCCCAUUGUGCAAACCAAGAUGUGGAUCAGGACGUUGCAGAGAGCCGGACAUUUGGUCAUCACUUUCUGAAACGAAUCAGCUUCGCCAUCAUCCCUACGGCGUUCGUUGUCGGCGUCAUCACUACUCUGCUUUCAGCGCUAACUGUAGUCUCGAUGAAGGGUCUAGGAGUUGGGAUCAUUCUUCUAGUGCUUGCUGUUUCGCAAAUUAUAGCAAGAAGCGUCCCAGCUGCCAUUCCUCCACCGAUUGCCUACGCUGCACCGGCUCCCGGACCGAUUCCUCUUGUUUACCAUAAAGACUGGUAA